AUGUAUUCACUGUCCGGGGAAAUCCAGGGCUUCUCCAAAAGCCGCCUUAGAAAACAGUGCACUCGCGUUACCACAGUGACGGGCAGGAAGUUGUUGGAGAGGAGCACCGAUGGAGGACUACAAGUGGAGGAGCUGGAGGAGGGAAAUGGAUGUGGAUUUGUAGAAGAUAAAAGCCUUGACCUUCAAGUUGGAAUGGUCCGACCUUACUUAUUGUUGGGCUCUCAGGAUGCGGCCCACGACAUGAACACCUUGCAGAUAUAUCAGGUGUCCCACGUGCUCAACGUAGCUUACGGCGUAGCCAACCCGUUCCCUGAUCGGUUCGUCUACAAGACUGUCCAGAUUCUGGACCUCCCAGACACAGACAUCACUUCCUAUGUGGAGGAGUGCGGCACCUUUAUAGAUCAGGCUCGGAGACAGAAUGGCGUGGUUCUGGUCCACUGUAACGCCGGUGUCUCACGCUCCUCUUCCGUGGUCACGGCGUACCUGAUGUGGCAUGAGGGGCUCCCGUUUGACAAGGCAUACCAACAGGUGAAGCUGGCGAGGCCUUCCAGCCGACCCAACCCGGGGUUUCUCCACCAGCUGCAGCAUUAUAGGCUAUGA